AUGAAUGCUGCUGUUCGUGCCGUCGUUCGUAUGACCAUCGCUCGUGGCUGCGAUGCUUACGCGAUCUACGAAGGUUACGAGGGUCUUGUUCAGGGUGGUGAUCUUAUCAAGAAGAUGGCUUGGUCCGACGUCCGUGGUUGGCUUUCCGAGGGUGGUACCUUGAUCGGUACCGCUCGUUGCAUGGCUUUCAAGGAGCGUAAGGGUCGUUUGACCGGUGCUAAGCACUUGAUCGAGGCCGGUAUUGACGCCUUGGUCGUCUGUGGUGGUGACGGUUCAUUGACUGGUGCUGACCUCUUCCGUUCUGAAUGGCCCAGCCUUGUCCAGGAGUUGAUCGACACCGAGGUCAUGACCGAGGAGCAGGUCGCCCCCUACCGUCACUUGAACAUCGUCGGUCUUGUCGGUUCCAUUGACAACGACAUGUCUUCUACCGAUGCCACCAUCGGUGCCUUCUCUUCCCUCCACCGCAUUUGUGAGGCCGUCGACUCUAUCGGUUCCACUGCUUUGUCUCACUCUCGCGCUUUCAUUGUUGAGGUCAUGGGUAGGCACUGUGGUUGGUUGGCCGUCAUGGCUGCCGUCUCUACGGGUGCGGACUUUGUCUUCACCCCCGAGAGGCCUCCGGAGGGCGAAGACUGGGAGAGCGACAUGUGCAAGGUCUUGCAGAAGCACCGUGACAUGGGUAAGCGAAAGACCAUCAUCAUCGUCGCUGAGGGUGCUAUCGACCGUGAGUUGAAGCCCAUCACCCCCAACUACCUCAAGGACAUUUGCGUCAACCGUCUCGGUCUUGAUACUCGUGUCACCACCCUCGGCCACACUCAGCGUGGUGGUACUCCUUGCGCCUACGACCGUAUGCUUGCCACUCUUCAGGGUGUUGAGGCUGUUGAGGCUGUCUUGGACUCCACCCCUGAAACUCCUUCCCCCGUCAUCGCCAUCAACGAGAACAAGAUUACCCGCAAGCCCCUCAUGGAGGCUGUCAAGCUUACCCACUCGGUCGCUGAGGCCAUCGGGCAGAAGGACUUCCGCAAGGCGAUGGAGCUCCGUGACCCUGAGUUCGCCGACUUCUACGAUACUUACGUUCACACUACCAUUGUCAACGACGAGGCCAAGUCUACUCCCAAGGACAAGAGCCUUCGUAUCGCCAUCAUCCACAUCGGUGCCCCUGCUGGUGGUAUGAACGCGGCUACCCGUGCUGCUGCUCGUUUCUGUUUGAACCAGGGCCACGUUCCCCUUGCUGUCCACAACGGUUUCCCUGGACUUCUUCGGCACGACUCUGUCCGCGAGCUUUCCUGGAUCGAUGUCGAUGGCUGGGAGAUUCGUGGUGGAUCUGAGAUCGGUACUAACCGUUCCACCCCCGACAUCGACCUCGGUCUUGCAGCUUGGGCUUUCCAAAAGCACCGCUUCGAUGGUCUCUUGAUCAUCGGUGGCUUCGAGGCUUUCACCGCUCUCGGUCAGCUUCGCCGCGCUCGUGCCUCCUACCCUGCCUUCCGCAUUCCCAUGGUCUGCUUGCCCGCUACCAUCUCCAACAACGUUCCCGGUACCGAGUUCUCUCUUGGUAGCGACACUUGUUUGAACGCCCUUAUGGAGUACUGUGACGUUAUCAAGCAGUCUGCCAGCGCUACCCGUCGUAGGGUCUUCGUUGUCGAGGUGCAAGGUGGUAAGUCUGGCUACGUUGCUACAGUUGCCGGUCUCGUUAUCGGUGCCAUGGCCGUCUACACCCCUGAGGAGGGUAUCAACCUUAAGAUGUUGCAGGAGGACGUGGAGCACUUGAAGAGGUCUUACGCUCACGACCAGGGAGAGAACCGCGCUGGGCGCUUGGUUCUGAGGAACGAGCGUGCUUCUAACACUUACACUACUGAGGUGUUGGCUAACAUCAUCCGUGAGGAGGCUAACAAGAAGUUUGAGGCUCGUUCCGCUGUUCCUGGGCACGUCCAGCAGGGUGGUAUCCCCUCUCCUCUUGACCGUGUCCGUGCCGCUCGUCUUGCUGUCAAGUCCGUUCAGUGGUUGGAGCAGCACGCUUUCAAGUCUUUGGAGGAGCGUGCCGCGUCCGAGACCGCCGCUGUUAUUGGUAUCCGUGGAGCUGGUAUCAUCUUCACACCUAUCGACGUUUUGGAGGAGACGGAGACCGAUAUUGCUGCGAGAAGGCCCAGGCAGGCCUGGUGGAAACCUAUGCACAACAUUUUGGACUUGCUUUCCGGACGUAGUGUGCCAGAGGCUGCUACUGCCAGCGAGAGGUCGUAA